AUGCCAUCCCACCUCACUCAGGGCAGCUCCUCCAGUGUCUCCCAGACUGCACCAUCACUGGAUACUUCCUCGCUGGAUGCUUCCCCAGGAGCUUGCACAGAUAUAAUGACUUUCACCGAGGUGGUGGAGGGGGAGUCCUGGGGCUCCUUCUACUCGUCCUAUAAGACAGAGCAGUUGAUAACCCUGUGGGUGCUCUUUGUUUUCACCAUGGUUGGAAACUCCGUCGUGCUGUUCUCCACAUGGAAGAGGAAAAAGAAGUCCAGGAUGACCUUUUUUGUGACCCAGCUUGCCAUCACAGACUCUUUCACAGGUCUGGUCAACAUCUUGACAGACAUUAUUUGGCGAUUCACUGGAGAAUUCCUGGCGCCUGACCUGGUCUGCCGAGUGGUUCGCUAUUUGCAGGUUGUGCUGCUCUACGCCUCCACCUACGUCCUCGUGUCGCUCAGCAUAGACAGGUACCAUGCCAUCGUCUACCCCAUGAAGUUUCUGCAAGGAGAAAGGCAAGCCAAGAUCCUCAUUGGGGUGGCCUGGAGCCUCUCCUUCCUGUUCUCCAUCCCCACCCUGAUCAUAUUUGGGAAGAGGACACUGUCCAACGGUGAGGUGCAGUGCUGGGCUCUGUGGCCUGAUGACUCCUACUGGACCCCAUACAUGACCGUGGUGGCCUUCCUGGUGUACUUCAUCCCACUGACCAUCAUCAGCAUCAUCUAUGGCAUUGUGAUCCGAACCAUCUGGGUGAAAAGCAAAGCCCCCGAGACAGUGAUCUCCAACUGCUCAGAUGGGAAAUUGUGCACCAGCUACAACCGAGGGAUCAUCUCAAAGGCGAAAGUCAAGGCCAUCAAGUACAGCAUCAUCAUUGUUCUUGCCUUCACCAUCUGCUGGAGCCCAUACUUCCUGUUUGACAUCUUGGACAACUUUAACCUCCUUCCAGACACCAAGGAGCGUUUCUAUGCCUCUGUGAUCAUCCAGAACCUACCAGCCCUGAACAGUGCCAUCAACCCCAUCAUCUACUGUGUCUUCAGCAGCACCAUCUGCUUCCCCUGCAGGGAACAAAAAUCACAGGAGCCCAAAAUGACCUGCCGAGAGAGAAGUGAGAGGCAUGAGCUGCAGUUUUUGUCCAAGCCAGAAUUCAUCUAG